AACACGUUACGCGCCUGUGCAGAGCGUUUUUGCGCUAUCCGAUACGAUCCAAGCAAACCCCGACCGAGCAGAUUCGAAAGUUUUAACACCGCGUGCACCAACGGCAACAGCGACAUCAGCAACAACAACAACAACAAUAACAAUUUAGACCCGUUACGAUUGACGGAAACGGAAAGUAAAAGCUUUUUCGCCAGCUGCCAGAUCCAGAUCCCCCAGCACAACAGACAUGGCCGAGACCAUCAACAACAAGCCGAGCAUACAGAUCCGCAGUGGUCUGCCCUCGCCGCUGCCGGACAAGAGCCCCUCGCCGGCCACCAAGCUGCUGAUCAGCCACGGCAAGCCCAACUUCACCAUUCCCAAGUCGCCCAAGGGCGAGGAGAACGGCAAUCCGCUGUCGCCCCAGCCGAAUGCCACCAACAACUACAAUGCCUACAAGAGUGCCAAUAGCAAUGUGGCCAAUAAUAAUACCAACAAAUUCAUCGUCGGCACCAAGUUUAAUGGUGUCUUCAAGCCCUCGAAUGGCACCGCCUCCUGGGCUACCAAUGGUAAUGGCACCUCGGACGGCGAGAAUGAGGCCGCCAAGGUUGUGCUGCGACGCCCCAAGCUGGCGGAGUCACCCACACCCGCCGAUUCGGAGGACGCCGAUGUGCCGGAGUUCAUCAGACGCCAGCGACGCAUCCAGGAGCGACUGGCCAAGGAGAAUGUGCUGGACUUUGAGAACAGGCGCAGUGGCUACUUCACUCACGUCAUGAUCUCGCCAGACUCGCCCAAUCGCACCUCCUUUGUGGAGACCAUGGCCAGCCCGGCCAUAGUUCCUGCCCUUGAGAUCCCAGCCCCGGUGGCCGAGAAGGUGGAGGAGGAGAAGGAGAAGGAGCCGGAGCAACAACCCCAGGUGGCUGCUGUUGUUACCUCUGCUCUGAUUACCGAACCCGAACCGGAACCCGUAACCAGCAACGGUCACAGCGAGGAAACCACCAUCACUAAUGGACAUUCGCAGGCCGAGAGCUCUGAUGUGGCUCCCGAGGAGGUGGCCAAGGCCAUUGAGGAGGUCAACAAGGCGGUCGCCGGCGAGGAGGAGGCAGAGGUGGAAGCAGCUCCCGAGCCAACUCCAGUUGCAGUGCCAGAACCAGCUCCAGUGGCGGCUGAAAGGAAAGUAGAGCCAGAGCCUGAGGCUGUAGAGGUGGCACCCGUAGCCGUGACACCCACAUCCGCUUCCGCUCCCGCUCCAGUGGAGGCCCAGGUGGAUGUGGUAGAGCCAGCUGCUCCAACCACAAAUGGCCACAAGGAGGAGGAGGCAACUCCAGCCACAAAUGGACAUAAGGAGGAGGAAGAGGCCAUCACCAUUUCCCACACCAAUGGACAGACCAAUGGCCACAGCAGCGAUGGCCCCAGCAUACCCUCGCCGGAUCCCAGUGGCGCUCUUGGAGUCAACUAUGAGCCCAAGACAGUGGUCAGCUUCUCGCAGGAGCUGGGUGGCGGUGAGAACAACUAUCCCGACACCGUGAAGGUGGUGUCCGAGGGCAGUCCUUCCGCGGCCGAUGGAGAACUCAAGGAACUGGCCAAGCUGAAGUUUGACAUCAAGAGCGACGAGCAGAACGAUGAUGUCCAGGUGACGCCUGCAUUGCGUGCGGAAUAGGAAGCGGAUCAGAUUGGAUGGACGGAGAGGAGUAGUGCAAUUUGUUUGUUAAAACAAGAGAAAAAAAAACCAUCAACUAUUGUAUUGUAUUUUGAGUUAGUUGCUAAGUUGAUUACGAGAAAUGUUGCCAAAUUUAAUUUUAUGCUUCGUGCAUCAGUCAGUAUCGAGUAUCGAGUGUGGAGAAUGGAGUGAGGAUGGAGAGAGGUCGCCAGCUGUUGAGGCCGAGUCCCCAAAAUCUGUUGUUUGCCGGGACUUGCAAAACCAAACUACGUUUAUUGCAAUAGACACCAUUUGCUUUAUUUAAAUAAAUUAUUAUUAUU